AUGAAAGGCUCCAGCAUUCAUCGCCGCACCAGCAGCGGGUCUACAGUCAAAGCUGCCGGAAGAACUCAUUCGGCUUUGAGCAAUGGCGGUACGGCCCCUCGCACAAAACCGACUGUCCGUGCUACCCUUUGGAUCCACGACGAUAACUUCUCGACUGAGGAUGUUCUUGUGAAUGAAGCCUUUCUGGAAGGCACAGACAUUCGCGAAGGCAGUCUAAUCGAGAUUUUCCGGACGAAGGAGACUUCUGAUGUUCGCGACUUUCAAUCUCCAGUCACCGAAACAGAGGACGCGGCUUUCAAUGUCUCAGGAAGACCAUAUGCGGAACGCGAUGCCGAUGCUGCGACACGGUACCUCUGUGUCGCUAAAUAUGCUCCAUUAGAUCUCACUGCAAGGCAGGCCGGUCUCCAGGUUUCUGUGAAAACCAAUAUAGCCAAUGCUUUCGGCCUUCGACCACGGUCCCAAGUGUGGAUAGUUCCUGCUUCCUUUGAAGAACGAACGGCGUCUCAUGUUGAGUUCAACUUCAGAGAUGCCUACCUGGCAAGAUCCGAUAUGUGGAGGCUUGUUGGUCAAGAAUUAACUGGAAGAACAAUCUAUACCGGGCAAAAGAUCACCUUCCUGGGCACAAUCAAGCUGACUGUGAAGUCAAUUCAUGUCCAGAGUCACAAAGUGGCAGCUGGAUACUUUUCAGGGACCACGAUCCCAAUCUUCCGAAGCGAAGCCGCUCGUUAUGUACUUUUCAUCCAGAUGUCCAGUGAGAUGUGGGACUUCGACUCCGAAGGCAAUGGCGAGAUUAUGUUCAAUCGCGUCAUCAACGGCUUCCUCCCCGACCUCUUCAAGAGAUGGACUGACCUGGAUGUUCGUCAUCUCGUCAGCAUUGUCAUGUUUGGUCGUCUUGAAUACGAUCGUUUCGACCUUGCUAGGAAUAAAGACAGGAGAAUGGAGACUACAUCCGCAACGGGGGCCCCAAACAUGACCGCGAGACAAUACCAAGACUUCUACCGGGUUGUUGUCACGGACAUGGCAAGCGCACAGUGGACAACAAUAUUGAAUGAGCUCAAGAGGGAUUUUCGUGUCUUCCUCAGGGAUAUCUCUCUGCACACAUCAGUCAACAACGAGAUAGCGGUCAAGGAUGCCAAGGCAAAUGGCACACGCAUCGCCGGGAGACCAAGUACAGCACUGAAGGGGAAUAUCUUGGAAGCCAUCAACAUAGCUUCGACACAGUUUGCCAACGACUUUGUUGACCGUGACCUUAUUCGCACCGGGAUCUCAAUAGUGGUCGUCAGUGCCGGAACCGGGGUUUUCGAGGUCGACAGAGAUCUUCUCAAUUUGACGUCGCAGAAUCUGACGAACAAUGGAGUUGGAAUUGACAUUGUCUGUCUGUCCAGAAUGCCUCUUCACUCUGUGCCCUUGUUCAAAUAUCGUAUAAGCGCCUCCGAAGAUUCUGCUCAGUCUUUACUCACCUCCAACGUCAAUAUCAGUCCUCGAAGGUCUGGUUCUGGCCCAGCGUUAUACGAUUCCAGCCAACCGCGUAAGCUAUCGCCAGCCUUAUCGUCCAUCACGUCAAACAGUCUUCGACACCUUACUAGUUACAUUUCUGGUGAAACACAUGCCGGCGUACGCGGCUGGUGUUUUGGGAUUCCUCAAUGGGUUGAUCUUUCAUACUGGUCUGCUGAAGACGACCAAAUCGAUGCACUUGCACGAGAAGAUGAGCCAAAGCGAAAGAAACGUCCCUUUGUCCCACGGGUUCGCAUGUAUGAGAUUCAAAUGAUGGGCCUCAUGGAGCUGGGACUGGCGGACAUGAGAAUACCUUUCAUGAGUGAAAGCCAGACCUUGACCCUGGGAAAAACGAAACACUACAAGUAUAAGGACAGACGUGCAAGUGCAGCUAGGUGCUUGUCCCACUCUCCAACAACCUCACGCAAAACGGGGUCAAGGUUAGACCCAAAGAUUCAUUACCGAGGACUUUUGUCAACGCAUGCGAAAGCAUUGGGAGACAUAUUUGAACGUAUGGAGCGGUAUGACUCAAUGUUGUAUCGCUCGAGACCUGGACAUCAGCUGCUGUCGAGCAGUCUCAAACAGUCUUCGAGCCUAGAAAAGAGUGCAGCUUUUGUAACAUCAAAACUCGAUAACGAAAGUCAAGCGCGGAUUGGCGAGUCUGUCACGGGGCCAAAGUUGACGAAAGUGACAUCCCGCAAAGCGCCCAACAGCGUCUUUCGCCCACAACUCCCAUCCGUAUUGUCAGCGGACGCAUCGGAAAGAUCUUUUGUGAAACAAAGUCCGGCAGUACCAAAAGUGAACCGGAAUUUAAGUUACUCUUUGAGAGGAUUGGCGCCUCCAGUAAGAUCUGUACCCAGCACAGAAGUAAACACUACCAAUAUAUCGGCUCAGCCAUUGAUGAGCAUGCUCGGCAAGUCAAAACCAACGGUCGCUACAUCCGCCGCUAGUAUCCGAUCGGUCUCUACUAACAGCCUUGCUGGAGAUAGAGAAACUCACCUUCAGCAUCGAUUCGGAAGUCCAAGGACGACAUCUUCGAAUCGCGCCAGCGGUAUGCCAUCGAAGCCAAUCUCGAUCAAUACUCCAUUUCGAAAGCAUCACGAUGAUAGGAUUGCGCAGUCGCUACGGUCAAACUCAACUUCUCGGCACGUGAGCCAUGAUGUGGAAGAUCCCAAAAAUGGCUAUGAAACAGAAAGAGAAUCAGGAAGUGACAGAUCUGCAAGUUCCGCUAGCGAUGAAGAUGCGAACGACAGUGCUGAAGCCGCGGACAGCUGGAUGGGAACAUCGAUUGCGAGCUCGGUCCCUCGAAGCAACCUCCCAUAUGUGCGGAACGUCAACGCCUCCAAUCCCUUGAAGCGACAUCCAGAGCGAGAGUCGUACUACGGCAGAUGGCAACAUUUAUAUCCACGGAAGCCUCGCGCCGCUAUUGUAAAAUGGAGGUCGUUGUGCACACCGGCGUCGGUUCCUUUGACCACUUCAGAUUUUCCCUCGAAGCAAGACCUCGAGACGGAGUAUGAAUCUACUUAUUACGAUGUCGACCUUAGAGUGCCCAACGAUAUGCUUGAGGUUCCCGAGUCUCGCGAUACCCUCCUCAGAGAGAUGCUGGCCUUAAGGUUCUCACAUGGCUACCAAUUGGUAGUAGGCCCGUCUUUAGUCGAUUCCGUGGGGCCUGGCACUUGUGAUAGCUCGUCAUUCUUCACUCCCGGGCUAGUGAGACCUGAUGGGUCUUUUAUCUUCUUGUCUAUGGGAAACACCAUACAAAAGUUGUCUCUUGAGAGAUCAGAUCGUAUCCGGGUCACGCGGUAUGUCCGCAAGCAGCCCACGGUAGAGCCGCCAUAUCCUCAGCACGUCAAUUACUACCCCAACAUCAAAACAAUUCUCUCCGAAAACUACAUGAUACGAGACAUGCAGUUCAAAGGAUUCUCAGAGCAGUACCCCUGGGCUCAAGCAGAUAAAUACCUCUCCGACAUGAGGCAGCACGCAGAGGCAGACACCACAGCCCUUAGAUUCUGGCGGGCUCGGUUCGUUCUAAUUCCAGUGGAGCCGCCUCAUACCGCGCGCAGACCGGCGUCUUCCGAAGGAGAGGAGAAUGAGGAGGAGAUCCAUCUGCGCGGUAUCAGAGUACUGACUCAGAUGUGGCAGAAAGCUCGAUUCGUCCCGCUUGACGAAAGGAGACCUGCUCAUAAUCGCCUAAGCACGAUGAAGCGGAAAGAUCGCAACCCAUUGCGUAUCAAUCUUGAGACCCUGAAUCCGUCCGAGUUGGUGGCUACCGAACUAGACAAGCUCAUUGCUGCGGAGGAGGCUGGUGAGCUGCAGCCUACUCAGUUGUUGCCAGAGGAGGAACAGUUCGAUCGUGACAGUUUCAGCCUUUCGAAAUUGGCACAAGCAUUGCAAGGCGACAGAGGAAUCGAGAUCAAGACCAGACGAUGGCAUUUGAGGCUACAUUAUAGCUGUUUCAUGGGUGAAGACUUGACCAACUGGCUGGUACACAAUUUCAGAGACAUUGAAACAAGAGAUGAAGCAGUGGAAAUCGGCAAUGAUCUCAUGAAGGAGGGCUUGUUCGAACAUGUAAACAGCCGGCACAAUUUCAAAGAUGGCAAUUACUUCUACUCCAUCAAACCGGAGUGGCGUAUUCAGAGACCAGAGAACAAGCCAUCAUGGUUUCCAACAAGUCGAAGACCAGACCGGUCGAUUCCAGCAACCCCCAUCAGUGAGCAAACUCCGCGCGAGACAACCACAGGCCGUACGCGUUCAGCAUCAAGCCUUGCGAACCAAGCGCAGAUCACCUCGGAGCUCGCCAAAUCACUUGGUGACAAGAAGAAACGAGCCAUCACGCUGAGCAAGAUGAUCCGGAUCGACGUGGACAUGAGGAAGCGGUCUAACCGGCCUGAGAUUGUCAACUUGCAUUACGAUAGGCUACACAAUCCUGAGAACUGCUAUCAUCUCGAGCUGGCCUGGCUAAACGUGACUUCGAAGCUGGUUGAUGAUGCCAUUGUCAACUGGACGACCCAAGCAGAAAAGUAUGGGUUGAAACUCGUCGAAGUGCCGAUAGCAGAAGCAUCUAGAGUUCCAGACCACGAGCCUUUCCGUGCUCCCUAUCGCAUCAAGCUGGCGGUGGAGCCUCCCCAACGGGUGGUGGCUAGCAAUGUGUAUUUCACUGCGACGUCCUUUGGACCGCAGGCACCACUCAACUCGGACGUGCACCUUUACCAAAAAGCACUGCUGAAGCGUUUCAAUUUCGUGCUCGACCUUGAAGCCGCGUGUGAGUUUCCGGAGAAUGUGGAGAUAAGGUACUCCUGGGGCACGCUGGACUAUCGAUAUACGCAAUUCGUGCAUCGUUCCGGCGUUUGCCUGGCGCAGAUUACCGACGAAGGCGACAUUAUAUUACUUGCUAAUCGACUGUACAAUUCCAGACUUGCAUCUGCCAAGGAUACUUCUUCGAGGAUGGACAGCACGAAGAAAGAAGUAACCCCAAGCGCUGCUGCGCCGUCUUCGGCGAUCUUGCGACCUACACCGUCUAUGGCGUCCAGCGCAAUCAUCAACAGCAAUAACAGCUACAGCCACAACCACAACCACGGCACCAGCAGCUCAGUCCCGAGUAUGCAAGCGUCCGGUAUCAUCGGAUUGAACGUGGCGUCCCCGAGAACCGCGCCGCAUUCAUCGCCACUGAUGCGACCGCUUUCAAACAUUACUCCCAUGGGUACCCCUGGCGCGGGUAUGUCGACACUAAGUCUGUCCUCGAUGUCCAUGAGUGCCAGCGCCAGUGCCACGGCGACUUCAGCAUCCGGGUCCAACGUAACGAUACCGCCUCCGCCAGGCGCGUUGCCGCCACAAGCCACAGCCGACGUGCUUGGACCAAACCGGCAGUCUCUCCUGCUCAGCGGGGCCGCCGCAGGCCAGUACAUCACGCCCGAGCAGAUCAAGGACGACAUCGAGACCUUUUGCCACGACAAGGACACGCUAGAGGCCUUUUACAGGGACGUCAGCGCCACGUUGCCGCAGCUCGUCAACCAGCGCGAGAGGGAGAGGGAACGCAAGACCGGCGGAAGCACCGGCGGCGCCGGCGGAACGAGCUCGAGUCUUCUCCGGCCCGUGAGGGAGGUCACCGUCGAAGGGGAGCUCGGCAUCCCCGAGUUCAAGCUGCCCGAGGCCGUGACGGGCCGGAGGACGUCCCAAGGGUAG